AUGGGUCACUCUCGGGAGCUCAGUGAAUUCAAGUGCGGUACCAUGAUAGGUUGCCACCUGUGCAACCGUGACAUUUCCUUGCUACUAAAUAUUCCACGGUGAAAUGUUAAUGGUGUUAUAAAAAAAAGUGGAAGCAACUGGGAAGAACAGUGACACGAAGUGAUAGGCCACAUAAAAUGACAGAGUGGGGUCAGCACAUGCUGAAGGGUUGGGCUUGGCCCCUUAGUUUCAGUAAAGAGAACUCUUUAGCAUACCAAGACAUUUUGGACAAUUUCAUGCUCCUAGCUUUGUGGGUAGAGUUUGGGGAU